AUGACGUCAGAGUCGGUGACACUGUCGGUUCCUGAAGAGUUCCUGCUUUCAAGUGACUACUCCAGUGAAUCAGAGAGUGAGGAUGCGUUCCUGUUGAUGCCUCCCAGAGAUCAUUUGGGUCUCAGUGUUUUCUCGAUGCUCUGCUGCUUCUGGCCGCUCGGCAUCGCUGCCUUCUACCUGUCACAUGAGACCAAUAAGGCGGUGUCUAAAGGAGACUUCCACCUGGCCAGCUCCAGUUCGAGGCGAGCUCUCUUCCUGGCCGUGCUGUCCAUCACCAUAGGAACGGGGAUCUACGUGGGCGUUGCCGUGGCGCUCAUCGCCUACCUGUCCAAAAACCACCACUGGUAG